GGUGAUGUGAAAAUAGCAUUUGUGAAAACAUAUAUAGCCCGGGAAGGGAUGAACUGAGGAAGUUCUCCUCAACUCUCCCCCGAUCGGAAUUUCACCUCAAAUCCUUCCGCAUCACCACCGCUCAAUUCAUUCAAUUCACUCAUUUCUUUUUCAAAAUUACCAUCAUUGGAUUGAAUUCAUUCAUAUAUUCCACCAAUCUAGGGUUUCUAGAUUCUAUUUCCCGAGUUAGGGUUUCUGACUCUAGACACUAUUAGAGUAGAAACCCUCAAUUUCAUACCAAAAUUUCUAGGUUUUUUCUUCCGAAUCCGCGGCAACACAACCAUCAGAAACAAGUCAAUGAUUUGUUCCUGUGGGCUGAGUUUGCAACGAUUAUUUUGAACUGGAGUUAUCGCAAUGUUGGGUGUGAAUUGUACUAAUGGAUUCAAUGUCUUACGCCGUUUUCGUCAAUUAGCUCAAUGGCAUCCUUUAGAGUAGCAGCAUUUUGAUUAGGGCUUCAAGCCCACUUCCUCUGAAAUCAGAUUUUAGAUUUUUCAAUCGACUUAAGAUCUGAGUUAAAGAUGAUUUCUAAGACUCUUACUUAUGUGAAAGCUAUGUGGUGUUUUAAUUGCUUUGGGUUUUUCAAGAGACGGAAUCCUCAGAAGGAUAAGCCUGCUGCCAUCUACAAUAGUAAUCUCUCCCGGGAGCUGUUGUUGGAUGAUGAUGAUGAUUUUGAUGACGAAAGGUCUUUCUGUAAUGAUGAGGUUACUAGCACCACCAGUGGAGAUGAUAGUGAGGAGCAAAAUCGUCCCAAGCGAUCGGAGGAUAUUUUGGUUUUUAGAGUAGAGAAUGGUAUGAUUUGUAGACAGUUUCCUGUAAAAGAGACUGACAAAGUUUUUCGCACAGAGGAUGAAGAUGGAAACAAGAUGAUAAAUGAGUAUGUUCGUGAGUAUAAAAUUGGUUCGGGUAGCUAUGGGAAAGUGUCUCUUCAUCGAAGCUCGGCUGAUGGAAAACAUUACGCAAUUAAGGCCUUUCAUAAAUCUCAUUUACGGAAGCUUCGAGUUGGACCCUCAGAAACUGCCAUGACUGAUGUUUUACGCGAGGUUUUCAUUAUGAAAAUGAUCCAACAUCCUAACAUAGUCAAUCUCAUUGAGGUGAUUGAUGACCCAGAAUCGGAUCACUUCUACAUGGUACUUGAAUAUGUGGAAGACAAAUGGGUUUGCGAGGGUUCAGGUCGAGCUUGUAGCUUAGGUGAAGAGACUGCUAGGAGAUACCUGCGGGAUAUCGUUUCUGGAUUAAUGUAUCUCCAUGCUCAUAAUAUAGUUCACGGGGAUAUCAAGCCUGACAAUUUGUUGAUUACUCGUCAUGGUACAGUAAAGAUAGGGGAUUUCAGUGUCAGCCAGGCUUUUGAGGAUGAUAAUGAUGUGCUUCGACGAUCACCUGGAACUCCUGUUUUCACUGCACCUGAAUGUAUUUUAGGUCUUACCUACCGAGGUAAAGCCUCGGAUACAUGGGCUGUAGGAAUUACUUUAUACUGUAUGAUAUUGGGCGAAUACCCUUUUCUUGGUGACACACUUCAGGAUACUUAUGACAGAAUAGUCAAUAAUCCAAUAGUGCUCCCAAAUGAUCUGAAUCCGCGGUUGAAAAACUUAAUUGAAGGACUUCUUUCCAAAGACCCAAGUCAAAGGAUGACAUUGGCUGAAGUCGCCGCUGAUAGCUGGGUUAUUGGAAAUGAUGGGCCAAUUCCCGAAUACCCGUGUUGGUGCAAAAGGAAUGAACUUGGAGAGGAAAGACAGUGAUGAGAGCUAGCAAUAUGCUACCAUGACCUUUACUGACUAAAUUUAUUAUUGGAUCGCAUUUGUAUAUGUACAGUGGAAACCUCAGAUAUUGUUUUUUUUCAUUCUGACUACAACGGAAUGAUAAUGAUUAUAGAGGUAGGCUUGAAGGAAUGUUAAGAUUCAAGAAAUGUGCCUCAUGUUUGUGGAAAUAAUUACAGGUUUUUUUUAUAAAUAUUUGAGGUUUUGUACUACAAGCUUCUGCAUGUAGGCAUAUAGUCAAUAUAGAUACAUAACUUUGUUGAGUCCUAGAGUUAAUAUGAAUUUCAUUGACUUUAGUGUUUAGAAGUGUAGUACAAAUGUAUACUGUAUAUAUU